AUGCCCAUGAUGGCUGUCGCCAACAACUCCUCGCGAACUUCAACAACCACUGCCUAUGAACUCUUCUUCGCGGGUAAUUGUGCCCUCAACACUGCGACAGAAGCAAACAUGAAACGGAACAUGAACCUCUUCGCCUCCGGCUGCGCUAGCUUCGGGCUGAUCAUCAACAUGGACAAAACAGUAAUCACGUAUCAGCCGACAUCCAACUCUAGAUACAAUGUUGCUUGCCUCUACGUCAACGGCAUCCAGCUAGAAACAGUGGACAACUUCGCCUUUCUAGGCAGUAUACUCUUCCAUAGCGUAAAAGUAAACGAUAAUCUGGCUCACGCGAUCUCUAAAGCCAGCCAGGCCUUCGGUCGGUCGUAG